CUGGCUUCUUUGUUAUUUUUAAAGUCCUGCAGUUCGCAACUAUGACACACUUCGCGCUGACUUGUGCCGGCCCAAAUGCCCGAUGCACUCCAAAACGGCGACAAGAUUUCCUCCGGAGUUUUUCUGCAGUGGCGUAAAUAGAGGUCUGGAUCUAAUAGUUGUGCUGUGUGGGCUCUGGGACUAUGAGCAUAAGCGACAAGGGGGGCUACUUAGUGGACCUGGGAGGCAGCUUCACUGAGGAUGCUCCUAGACCUCCAGUCCCUGGGGAAGAAGGUGAGCUGGUGUGCAGUGAUGGACACCAGUACAACAACCUUGGCUUUUCCUCAAAGAAUGAAAGCCUCAAAUGCGAGGCCUCUGUCGCUACACCCAGGCGACCUGACUUGGACCUGGGUUAUGAGCCGGAGGGCAGCGCUUCCCCGACACCACCUUACUUAAAGUGGGCAGAAUCUCUGCACUCCCUCCUGGAUGACCAGGAUGGCAUCCAUCUGUUUAGGACGUUCCUCAAACAGGAGGAGUGUGCAGACAUGUUGGACUUCUGGUUUGCCUGCAGCGGCUUCCGUAAACUUGAAGCGAAUGAAGGCAACGAGGAGAAGAAGGUCAAAUUGGCAAAAGCUAUCUAUAAGAAAUACAUCCUGGACAACAAUGGGAUUGUUUCCAGACAGAUCAAACCAGCCACAAAGUCCUUCAUCAAAGACUGCAUCAUGAAGCUUCAUAUUGAUCCUGCAAUGUUUGACCAGGCUCAGACUGAGAUACAGACUAUGAUGGAGGAGAACACCUACCCUUUAUUCCUUAAGUCUGACAUAUAUUUGGAACAUACACGGACAGGAGGAGAGAGUCCUAAGCUGUACAGCGACCAGAGCUCUGUUUCUGGGAAUGGAAAGGGACUGACGGGUUAUUUGCCGACAUUAAACGAAGACGAGGAAUGGAGAUGUGACCAAGAGCCGGAGGAGCAGCCCGAGUGUGACCCCACACCAAGCAAACGGCUUACUCAGAAGCUGCUAAUGGAGACGGCACCGCACCGCGUUGCCAACAGCGCAAGAUUCCAGGACAGUCACGAGUACAGGCAUGCACCGUGCCGGGAGCCCAUCAACCCGUACUAUGUCAACACCGGUUAUGCUAUGGCUCCUGCCACCAGCGCCAACGAUAGCGAGCAGCAGAGUAUGUCCAGCGACGCGGACACGCUGUCCCUUACCGACAGCAGUGUAGAUGGGGUUCCACCCUACAGAUACCACAAACAGCAUCGCCGGGAGAUGCACGAAAGUGCCAAAGCAAAUGGGCGAGUGCCACUACCUCAUAUUCCACGCACAAACCGGAUUCCGAAGGACAUACACGUGGAGCCGGAAAGGUUUGCUGCAGAGCUGAUCAGCAGGCUGGAGGGGGUGGUGAGGGAGAGAGAGGCUCAAGAGAAACUAGAGGAGCGACUGCAGAGAGUACGACUGGAAGAAGAAGGUGAUGAUCUUAGCAUGUCUACAGCUACAUCAUUGUCCAGUCACAGGUUCCCCCCUGGUGCUUAUCUGCAGAAUUACAACUCCACCUAUGCUGACAGCCCCUACAGCAGUCCUUUUCUGAAAGAUGCACAUGAGGAGAACCCUGAGAGCAUCCUGGACGACCACGUCCAGCGCGUCAUGAAGACACCAGGCUGCCAGUCACCAGGGACAGGCCGCCAUUCUCCCAAGUCACGCUCACCAGACGGUUUCCCAGGGGGCAGAGGGACGGGGCUUGGCAUGGCACUGCCCUCGGGUCAGGGUAAACAUCCAUCCAGGCACGGACUCAAGGGAGAGACCAGCCACCUGUACCACCACAAACACGUACACCACGUCCAUCACCCAGGUGCUGGGAAGCCUAAAGAGCAGGUGGAGGCUGAGGCAGCCAUGCGUGCGCAUGGCAGCUUGCCCUGGGGCAUGGAGACAAGUCAUUACGGAUCAAAGUCUCGCACCUACGCUGAUGGCAUGGGAUCCAACCCCAUGGAGCAUCCAAGUUAUAUAAGCAAAGGUGGUAUUCAGGGUAAAAGAAUGUUUAAGAAAGGGGAAGAAGUGCGGCCUCAUGACAUGCCAGGGCAAGCAGAGGACAUGGAGAAAAACCAGAAGAUCCUUUUGUGGUUGAUGGAAGGACAGAAAGAAAUGGUUCGGCAUAAGAAGAGUCCGUACGGAAGUACCACUGGGUCCAAGAAGACCACAGGCCAUGAAGGUUCCCGUCUCAGCUCAGCAGAGCGAUCAGGGUCGGUGCACCCAUGUGUCAGUGCUCAGCUGCGGAACAACGUGCAGCCUUCUCACCCGUUCAUCCAGGACCCCACCAUGCCCCCCAACCCAGCUCCCAGCCCCCUCAUCCAGCUUGAGGAGGUUUGCCGGCGGCUCGAGGAGGAGCAAAUUAAGUCUGGAACUUUACAACCCAAGCAGAGGUAUGUGAUGGAGGUGAUCCAGAGGGGUCGCACCGCAGUCAGGCCUGCACUGUUCCCUCCACUCAGCGUGGUGCCCGCCGUUUCUGACAGCGAGCUCUCCGAGCCCGAACACAAAGCCACUAAGAAGCAGCCGUGUGAAAACAUUAUCGUGGCGUAUUACUUCUGUGGAGAGCCCAUACCGUACCGGACGUCCGUCAAAGGGAGGGUCGUCACUCUGGGCCAGUUUAAAGAACUGCUAACAAAGAAAGGAAAUUACAGGUAUUAUUUCAAGAAGGUAAGCGACGAGUUUGACUGCGGGGUGGUGUUCGAAGAGGUACGUGAAGACGACGCCAUUCUACCCAUCUUCGAGGAAAAGAUUAUCGGGAAAGUUGAAAAAAUAGAUUGAUGCGCACGUUGGAGAGGAAGGAGCGGGAAACGUUGGCGUGUGACGGAGCGAUUGGAU